GAGAGACGGCGACUAUCAAGGUUGAGACAUAUAUAGCCUUCCCUGCCGUAUCGACUCAGACAUUUAUAUGUUCGUACGCAUCGCCUCGAUCAUAUCGUUUGCCGUUCAUACAGUCGGUCGUUCAAGCACUAAAGUCUCUUCGUUCACCUUCUUCCUUCCAACCAUCUCAAGUUCUACCUCACUAUCUUUCUCAACGUCACAAUGUACAUCUCCAUCCUCACCCUCGGCCUUCUCUCCACCUCCGCUCUCGCCAUGCAGGCCUUCACCAACGCCGACUCCUUCGGCGCCAUGUUGAAGCGCGGAGACGCCAUUGCGAAGCGCCAGGGCUAUUACCCCAAUACCAACACCUGCGGCCGUGGCGAUACGUGUGAGAAAGCCUGCGGGCCGAACCAGGUUCAAUGUCCUUCCAAGUCCCUGACGACACUGUACUGCCAUUCUUCCAUUGAUGGCUCGCAUUGUUGCAGUGACGGGUCUGGAAAGUCUUGCCGCAAAGGCUUCUAUUGUACUUCCGACGGCGCUGGAAAGACAUAUUGCUGCCCUGACGGCAUCGAUACCCCAGAGUGUGCCCGACAGUACUCACUCACUGUGUCUCUGAUCCGCGAGUCUAGCACUGCUGCCUUUUCGUCUGCCGCUGGGUCGAGCGUACUUCCAGCCGAGACUCCGGUUACCUCAUCCACGCCGAUCCACGUAUCAAUCCUUCCGACCGGUCCUACUUCCCUGGUCGUGCCGACUGGUAAGCCGAACGCUACAUAUAGCGGCCCGAGCCUGCCUGAGUUCACUGGUGGUGCGUCGAAGAUUGUUGGGGCGGGUAUGGUGAUUGUAGCUGGUCUUGCUGGUCUUGUUUUCUUCUGAGUCUACGUGCUGAGUGAUAUUGAUGGAUUGCAUCUUGGAUCGAAGCAAGUUGGUUGUAAUAUGUUACAGUAAAGGGUCUCUUUACAGCUAGUUCAUGCGUGACAAAUCGUCAUAAUCAUCUAUUAAGCCCUUCGUCUCACAAUACUAGUAAUCUCAAUCUAUGCCAUUCAAUCACGCCGAGAACAACGAUGAGAGGAUGAUUGAGAAUUCUACGAGGGUUGGUCGGGAUUAGGAGUCCUCCUUCCUCACACUCACAAUCUCACUUUCGACUCCACACUGAUUCUUCCCACCAC